AUGUACCUUACAGUGGUGACUGCACGCUUGCAGGUCCAGGGAACCAUAUCGUCCGAUUCCCAGCUGGUCGGUCAAUUAAUCACUCGACGCUGUCACACGACCUCCUUUGUGGAAGCCUACAAUUCUCAUGAUCGACAAGGCAAAAAUAUUCGUUUGAAAUAUUUUACAUCCCAUUUCGCCGGUGCGCUCAGUUUACGUCUUUUUGGUGAAGAUAUAACAACCGCUGCCCGUGAUGGUGGAAAGAAGGCUUCUCAAACAUCCCAGCUACCACAAAAUGCAGGCGAUGUAUUCCCUGAUGAAGGCGCCGAUAACGAGGAUGAGGAUGCAAUCAUCGAAGGCGACAAUGAAGCAGAGUAA